GAUGUGCGUCCACAUGCUGGAAUACAGUUUUCUGAGGCGUUCAAGUAAGAUUAAACGAUAGAAACAAACAUAGUUUUAUCGCUGCGUCCUGAUGGUGAUCUACAUGUUUUUGCAUUGACUUGUUUGACUUCCUGAAUGCGCGGCGUCUCAUGUGGAACUGGCGUGGCUUUUGAAAUUGCUUUGACUUCUGCGGGCCGGUGUAGAGUCACUAGAGUGUUCCACAGGAGUCACACAGAAGUCUCCUAGAGGAGUCCCGGGCAAGAGUGUCAAGCAAAAGUAUCACGCAAGAGUGCCCAUAAUAUCCCACACUAGUUACAAGAGCGUUCUCGAAGACGGUCGCAGAUGAGCGUUCUUCUAGAGUGUCACACAGCCCGGGAUAUUCAAAUUGUCAUACUUUCGAGUUCGUGGGUUCAAUCUUGUGGAUUUUCUUCGUCGGGUACCCGGAACCUCCGUAAGCCGGCACUUCUAUUAUUCUUUGCUGAGAAUUGUAGGUGCAAACGAAGAACAGAUUGACAUAGACCGAAACCAAAAACCGAACACCGUCCUGGGCGACUGCCCUGCGAGCCAAGAUGUUCAAAGUGCCUGCUCCAAUGCACUUUUGCUCCGUUGAGUUUUUCUUGCUUGAUGAGGUGCGACAUGGCAGUUUUGAUACAUGUUCAUGCAUUUUAAAACCUGAUUUUCCUCUUGACAAGUGCACGUGCAGGUUGACGUGUGAUGUGUUUGCAGGACAUUUUCACUGACAAUGAUGAAAUCUACGAGUCCAAAGUCGUACCCAUGGAUGCAUUAAUCAUGAAGGCGUAUCACAGGUACAACAAGGGCCAUGUGGUUCGGCAAAAAGUGCAGCAUGAGGUGUGGUUUGAAACACCUUCUCUGAGAAAAAGAUCAGAGGAUGAUCAGGCUCCAUUGGAUGAAGACCCCGAGCUUGCCAGGGCCAGGGCGGAUGUCAGAAGGUGUUGCCGAUGCUGCAGAUGUUGCAAAUGCUGGAACAAAUGCUGGCGCAAGAUUUGCCGAUGCUGCACGGCAGUAUGCUGCUUUUGGUGCCCGACAAUUAUGCAAAAGGACGUCACCCCUGCAGUUCUCAAGUUGGAGGUGGAAAUACUUUCACUUGAAGAGGCAGCUGAAGACCCAUUGGCCAGGGAGUCUGGACGCUUUGCGGAGCCAACGGAGCGGUUGGAUUGGACAUGUGCCAUCACCGCACCUAAAAAGUUUUUCUUCAACUACAUUGGGCCCUCAAACUACUACUUGCUCAGACGGACAGUGUACUGCACCACAACCCUGGUGUGCAUGCUUCUUGUGCUGGGUGUGGUAUACUUGCUCUUGCAGAUCCUUAUGCCAUCUCUUGAGCUGAAAGCAAAAAUUGACGCGAUGUAGCUCCUUCAUAGCAGAUUCGGAGAUUUCCACACUGACCAGUUGCAUGUGCAAUGCAGCAUGUUAGUGUGGCAAGAAAGCAAGACCAGUGGUUGAACGGCAAUUGCAGAGGUUGCCUGUAGGCCC